AUGCUCAUGCUUAUAAUCUUCUGUUAUGUUUUGUUUCAAAUCCCUGAUGAGAUCGACAGCUUAGAAAACGUCCAAGGUCCUCAGGCUGGGAGUUUUGGUUAUUUGGCCAGUCUCUCCACAUCAGCAGUGAUCCGGUACUCAGUCCUGGAAGAUCAACAUGUGUGCCUGCCAUGCGGGGCCUCUGCCAGCUCCAAUGUGAUUUGGACUCAUCAGAACCGGAAGGUCCUUGUGGACCGGCAGGGAAGCCACAAGAACAUUCUGGACCCUCAGCAUUAUGAUCUGUUGGACGAUGGUGGUCUCUGCGUGCUGAAGCUCCAUGACUCAGACAGUGGAGAAUAUCAAUGCAACCAGCAGCUGGUGGCUGAGCUGCAGGUUCUCAAUGGGCAUGACCUCAAGGUACCUGCAGGAUGGACACUUCUGCUGGCCUGCAGAGGCUCCCCUAAGCUCAAACACAAGUGGAUGAGACACAGAGAAGGACAGAAUGCAGUGGUCAUCUUCACCCGUUUCAAAGAUGGUACAGAGAAAGCAGAAACAGACGAGAGCAGACUGAGCUACGAGAACGAUUCACUGCAGAUCAGAGACCUGCAGCUAGAUGACGCCGGAGAGUAUAUCUGCAAUAGAAUAAUACAGGCAAAACUCACCGUCCUGCAAGAGAAUCCUGCAUCCACCAGCAUCCUACCAGCAUUAUCUACCAGUAUAACAACAGUAUCAGCUGUUCCAAAGACAGAUGUUUUUGAAACAAACAACACACCAAAGAAGAGACCUGAGAAUGCUCUGCUGCUGGUCACUGUCAUUGGUUCUGGGUUAAUGAUCGUCCUGAUAGCACUCGUCUGCAUUUUCCUAACCAGCAUGAAGUGCAGAAACAAGAGGAGACAGAGAUAUGCAGCAAAAAGACGAGAGGACACAGAGCUGCAGCUGUGGAUGACAUAUAACGCCCAAACUGAGUAUGAGGUGUUUGAGCGUCCAACCCUGCCUGAUGAAACCAUCCACUACGCCUCUCUGGGUCGACAGAGCUGGAGCCAAAGACCCAGCUGGCUACUUGAUCAGAGCGGCAGUAAUAAUGUUGUCUAUUCUUCAGUCAUCACCAGACCUGGAGCCAAAAACACUUUCACCUGAGUCCAGUUGAUUUCCGUUAUUCUUUGUUAAGCAUGGAUUAGCUGUCUUUGUUUCAGUUCUAACUCUGAUUAAAGCUUAAAGCUCUUAUAACAUAAAACACACAAACAUUAAAAAGACAAUUUUAGGCUAAGGGUUUGGUCAGUAAAAACGUGGAUUUGUUUUUCAAUUUAAAGAGUAGGAAGUGAAAUCAACACAAAGGUCUACUGGAUGCCAAUAAAUCACAAUUAUUGGAUAAACCAACAUUUUAAUUUUAUUACAGAAAUAUUCACAUAUGAAUUACUGAAUACAAUUGAGCACAUAUAUAUGAAACUGGAAUAAAGCUUUGC